AAAGAGAAAGGUCUGGCCACUUCAGAUUUUCCGACAAAGAAAAAGGUACGUGGGGCAUCGGAGUUGAUCGUUGGAACUGACAAAAACGGUCGUGACCGUGACGGUGACGGUGACGGAAUGUUUCUCAAUACUCGAGCUUGAGUCCCUGUCCCUGCCAUUGCCGGGACGCAAACGCCGACUCGUCACCGAGCCGAACCGAAGCUUCCAGAGAAGAGGAACACGGAGUGACCACAAAAGCUUUGACAUUUCGACAUCGUCUUCCCAGGAAAAACUCCGGCGAAACCCCAGGAAUCCCGUGGGCGCCCAUUAAACUCUGUCUUUCGUGGAAAAUAAAAGGAAAAAGAAGAUGACCCGAGUCCAAACCCAUUGCUGGAUACUCCCUGACCAGUCUCCUCCAAAUUCGCGUUGAAUUGAUUCUGUGUACCCGAGACCCACUGUUUUUUUAAUUCUUCUUUGCUCUUCAAAGGUCGCAUUUUGACUUUUUUUUGGCUCGGCAAUAACAAAAAAUCCCAGAACGAGUUUCUCCUGGCGAAAGCAGGCUUUUCAUUGUAAUGGGUGUCCAGGAUUUUCUCCUCCUCUCUCUCUGUUUUCUGCUCUUCUUGCCUGUGCGUGGUUCUGCUGUUCCCAUCCCAAGAUGGCUGCUUGGGGAGAAGACGCAUGGAUCGGGUCUUGGAGCUAAGGCUGUUGGAUCCUCUGUUGCUUUUGAUCCGACCCGAGUCACUCAACUGUCUUGGAACCCCAGGGCUUUUAUCUAUAAGGGGUUUCUAUCGGAAGAUGAGUGUGAUCAUCUCAUCAAACUGGCGAGGGACAAGUUGGAGAAGUCCAUGGUGGCGGAUAACGAAUCGGGAAAGAGUAUAACGAGUGAAGUGCGGACGAGCUCCGGAAUGUUUCUGCAGAAAGCUCAGGAUGAAGUUGUUGCUAAUAUCGAGGCUCGGAUUGCUGCAUGGACCUUUCUUCCUGAAGAAAAUGGAGAGUCAAUUCAAGUCCUCAGAUAUGAGCUCGGAGAGAAGUAUGAGUCUCAUUAUGAUUAUUUUCACGACAAGGCUAAUCAAGAGCUUGGUGGCCACCGAGUGGCUACUGUCUUGAUGUACUUGUCUAAUGUCGCGAGAGGCGGGGAAACAGUGUUCCCCCAUUCAGAGGCCAGAAAAUCUCAAUCAAAGGAAGAUGGUUGGUCUGAUUGUGCAAAAAAUGGUUAUGCCGUGAAGCCGAGGAAGGGCGACGCUCUGCUGUUCUUCAGUCUCCAUCCCGAUGCAACCACAGACAAUACUAGCUUGCACGGGAGCUGCCCCGUCAUUGAGGGAGAGAAGUGGUCUGCGACCAAGUGGAUCCACGUCAGGUCCUUUGACAGGCCAAUGAGGUCGGUCGCUGCGGGGGAAUGCAAGGAUGAAAACGAGAACUGUGCGUUGUGGGCGAAGGUCGGGGAGUGUGAAAAGAACACUCUCUACAUGGUGGGCUCCAACGACGCCGCGUACGGGUACUGUAGGAAGAGCUGCGGGGCCUGCUCAUCCUAGAGUUUCGUUCUCGCCGGGGCUACCGCGGAGAGAGGAGUGUAGAAGUUUCGCCGAAAUGUACAUACACGCAGCCAUUGAAGUUGAGUAGUCUAUACAGUAUAUAUAUGCAUAAGAGUCACAGUGGAGUUACAUAUACUUCGCCGGUUCUCCCUCAGUCCAUUGUGGUGCUUUGACAUGAAAUUGCUUGUUUGCUUGAGAAGAUCCAAAUUGGUCCCUACUGAUUCCUGGUGAUUAUUACACAAUCAUUCUAACUC